ACUUCCGCUUCCAGUGGGGAGAAAUAUGUCUCUUUAGCAGUGCUACAUAAUUGGGGUUUCUGGACAUUUGGGAUUCAGCCAUUUGUGUGUGAACGAGGAUUGUGAGAAUCGGUUCAGGGAAUCAGGGAAUUAGAUUACGCGGCAGAAUGGUUUCGGUUUAGGUAUCAGUUCGGUUUGAGAGUCGACUCAGGUGGAGAAAAUGGAAGGAGUACACAGUCAACCAGCUGCUGAACAUAUUCAUGACAAUGUUAAGGAAUACUAUGGGAAAAUUCUGAAGCAGAGUUCUGAUUUGAAGAGCAAUGCUUGUGUCCCGUCUGCCAAACCCAUCCCUGACUUCAUUAGGAAAGCUCUGACUGAGGUUCACCCAGAUGUCUUAGCAAAGUUCUAUGGCUGUGGUUUGGUUGUUCCUGAGUGUGUGGAGGGCUGCAGGAUUUUGGAUCUCGGUUGCGGAAGUGGACGUGACUGCUACGUGCUCAGUCAGUUGGUGGGCAAGAACGGACACAUCACUGGACUCGAUAUGACAGAAGAUCAGCUUGAGGUUGCUAGGAAAUAUAUCGACUAUCACAUGGAGAGGUUUGGAUAUAAGAAGCCAAAUGUUGACUUUGUUCAAGGAUACAUCGAGGAGCUGAGGGAAGCAGGGCUGGAGGAGAACUCUUAUGACAUAAUCAUAUCAAAUUGUGUUGUGAACCUUUCACCUGACAAGGCUAGAGUUCUGAGAGAGGCUUACCAGGUCUUGAAGGAAGGGGGAGAGCUGUAUUUCAGUGAUGUUUACAGCGAUGCCCCGAUUUCAGAAUCUCUUAGAGCCAACAGAGUUUUGUGGGGUGAGUGUCUGAGUGGAGCUCUUUGGUGGGAGGAUCUCGUGCGACUGGCAGAGGAAGUUGGGUUCUGUAAACCCCGACUGGUCACAGCUAGUGUCAUUUCUGUAGGCAACGAGAAGCUCGAGAAACUUCUAGCUGACUACAAGUUUGUCUCUGCUACGUACCGUCUCUUCAAGUUACCAAAGAGUUCUGAGAAGGAUCGCUGUCUUGUAAUGUACGAUGGAAACAUUACAGGAUUAGAAGAGAAAUUUGAGUUUGAUGCUCAGUUUACAUUUAAGGUGAAUGAGGUGAUGGAGGUGGACAGAGAUGUGGCCAACAUCUUGAAGAACUCCAGGUUUGCUGAAGAAUUCACUUUCCAGACUCCAGCACAGAGCAGCACAAAAUCAGGAUCAUGCCUGGCCAAACCCAAGGUCAUGCCUGUGAGCCCAUUUGAACUAGCAGAGCAGCUGGGAAGUGCGAGUGUGGCUUCAUCCACAGGGCUGUGCUGUGGCCCUCAGGAGUCAUGCUGCAAGUGAAAGCACAGCAAAUUAAUCAAAGUAUUAAUCUGUAAAUUGUUGAAUAAAAUAACCUGAAUCAAAAGAUUCAUAUAAGGAAAAGGAUUAAGAAAAUAAUGCGUAUGUAAUAAUAUAAUAACGCAUGCAGUAACGUGUGUUCAUGUAAUGUGCAUUCAUGUAACAUUUCAAACGAUGCUGUAAGAAAAAUUUAAUUCAUCUAAAUAAAAUAUAUAAAUAAAUGAUA